AUGAACAGCCACCAUGUCGCCAUGACCUCUUUCAAAGCGCCUCAACCGAGCGCCGAAAUGCACAGCAAGAAGACAGUCUCAAUCGACAAAACAAUCUCAGCAGCCCACCUAAACGUCCCGUCCACCGAGGACGUUGUUCUUAAUGCUAUGCGACGAAGACUCUCGCAAGCCGGCCGGUCCGAGUCGGAGCCAUUCUGCGUGAUGGACCUCGGAAAAGUGCAGAGUCAAUAUAAGCGGUGGCAGUCAUCGUUGCGCUUCGUGCAGCCCUAUUUCGCGGUGAAAUGCAAUCCUGACAGCAAGCUCAUUGCCCUGCUCGACUCCUUGGGAUCCAAUUUUGAUUGCGCUUCUCAAGCAGAAAUCGAGCUUCCCUCAGAUAUCGCAUUCGCGCGAGAUUCCAUGGUCCUCCGAAUGACCUUCGACAAUGAAGCCGAGCUACGCAAGAUUAAACGGAUCUGUCCAAGCGCUGAGCUGAUUCUGAGAUGUUACGCCUCCGACCCGUCCGCGACAUACACCCUAUCCUCGAAAUUCGGGGCUCACCCAGAGGAAGCGGUCAAACUUCUGAAGCUCGCCAAGUCUCUGGGGCUGGAGGUCUGCGGCGUGAGCUUCCACGUCGGAUCUGGCUCGAAGGACCCACUGGCCUUUGAAAGAGCUAUUCAGGAUAGCCGUCGGAUCGUCGAUGCUGGCAUUCAUCUCGGCCAUAACAUGUACAUUGUGGACAUUGGGGGUGGGUUCACCAGUGACACUUUCGACACCGCUGCGGUCACGAUCAAAGCAUCUCUGAGCACGCAUUUCUCCGCUAUGAAUAUCAGAUUCUGGGCAGAACCGGGGCGAUUCUUCGUCGCCGAUGCGGUGACCGUCGCUUGUGGGGUCAUUGGCCGUCGGGAAUCGCAUGAGAAUCCCACGACACUUGACGGGCCAGUGAAUGAUAUGCUGUAUCUGAACGACGGGAUGUAUGGCACUUUUCUGACCUAUUUCUUUGAACCAUGCCCACAGCCCAAAGCUCUGCGGGUAUCAGGUGCCUUUUACCCCCAAAGCACUGCAGCCGAAUCUUCAAAAUACAUACUUUGGGGACCAACAUGUGAUGGACUGGAUUGCAUUCUGAAAGAUGCCGAGCUGCCAAAGAAUUUGAGUUGCGACGAUUGGAUUUACUUUUCAGAUAUGGGAGCCUACACGACGUGUUUGACUACCAAUUUUAAUGGUUUCACGAGUCAGAGAGAAAUCAUCUACGUCUCUAGUAAGACGUCCGAGGCGACUCCAAGAAAAUGUGCAGAAUUCGAGGAUGUUUGGCGCAUAUGA